AUGAACGGUGGUGGCCGGAGUAAAAUGAGUGCACCGUUACCUAACUCCUCAAAAGACAGAGAUGAAGACCUUGUUUUAUUCCGGGAGAUGUAUAAACGCGAUAAAGAUCGAGUUGUGAGCCUUCUUCAACCCGUAUCCGAUGAAUUUGAACCCAAUGGAAACUAUCCAAUCUAUGGAAUGGCAUCCGUGAAGAAACCAGGAUUUGGAUUCCUUGGAGAAACCGAGAAAAACGACUACGACUGGUUGAAGACACCACCCGCAACACCUCUCUUUCCAUCUCUCGAGAUGGAUACAAAAAACGGGCAUGAACUAGUCGUUCAACGUGAAUUGCCCAUAAUCCAGCCACUUUCACGCUUUGCAGUUAAACCAGAAGAGAAGGAAACAAAGCAAACAGGCAAUGGAGAAGGAAGGGCGAAAAUUACAAACCCUAAACCAAGGAUUCCAGCGAGAUCGGUAACUCCUAGCGGUAGGUCAACCGGUUUGUUCACUGAUCAGAAAAAGAACAUAAAAACAGCUCCGAUCCCGGUAAUCACCGGUGUAAACAAGAUUACUGAUGUCACUAACAAGUCUAACACCACUUCAUCCAUAUCAAAUCAGUCGAAAAGCAUAACAAAUUCGUCACCAAGAACCUCACAGAAAACUCGAGGGGUUUCGCCUCUUGUAACGUCGAGGAUUCCGGCACGGAUUUCUGGUUUUUCAGAUGAGACACCGGCUAAUUUAAGGACAGAUCGGUCCACUUCUGCUUCAAGAGGACGACCUGUUAACACUCCCGUGGCUGCUCCUCUGAAGCCGGAGGUUUUGAGUAUGAGAGGGAGAAGACAGUCGUGUUCACCGAGUGUUAUGAGAGGUCGGAAAGUGGCGCCUACUAAUGAAGAAAGUGUGAACACCAUGGCUGUUCAAAAGGGUAACAAUAGAAUGUUUCAAACGGGAAAUGGGGGACAAUUUCUUGGAAGUAGGAUGGUGGACAAGAUUAUGAAUGCGAGAAAGUCAAGUGUUGAAGAGAAGGAAACGAGGAUGAAACUUAAUGGUUCGAUUAAUGAAGGAUCUGGUUAUGGAAGGAUGAUGGCGAAGAGUUCAUUAGAUGUGGAGACUAAGCGGGAUUCAGUUCACUCCCGUCAAGUUGGACUAUCAUCGGGAAGAAAAUCUAUGUCCACGACCUAUGCUCCUACUUCAAGGUCAAAUGGGGGAAAUUAUAAAAUGUGA